CUCCCCAUCCACCAUAAGCCUACAAUCCCACACCCACACAACCACCAUCACCAUCACCAUCACCGCCAUUACAACCAUCACAACCACCACCACCACAACAACAACAACCCCAACCAAACAAAACAUACUCAACCCACCCAAAUGCCCACCACAACCACAAACCCCCCCCACGGCGGACCGGGCGGCUCCCCCUUCAACACGCCGCACAACAAGCCCAUCCGAGCGAUCCGCACCUGGACGGGGCCCAAAACCGACGACCACGUGUCCGUGAUCAAAGGACUGGAAGUCUUCUGGGACGACGACGACACCGGCAUAGCGCACUUCGUGGUGGGCACGCGGCGCGGCGAGCAGGACACCAUCGAGUUCGACCACGGCGAGGUCAUCAUCGAGAUGUCCAUCUGGGCCGGGUCCAGGGUCGAUUCGAUCCAUAUUCGCACCGAGAGCGGUCAUACCUUUGAUGCUGGCGGCGCGAGUGGCACGUGCUAUGCCCAGGAGAAGUUGGGGAACGGCAUCCUCUAUGGGUUUUUGGGCAGGUCGGGCGAGGAUGUGGAUGCUUUGGGGACGUAUUUUCAUGUUUAG